AUGGUAGUCACGGACCCAAGAUAUGAGCUACCUCGCGACCUUGAAGGCUACGGCGAGCAUUCACUCAACCCCCAAUGGCCCAACAACGCCAAAAUUUGCCUUUCAUUCCUCCUAAACUACGAAGAAGGUGGUGAGCGCACUGUCCUAAACGGCGACGCUCAUUCUGAGCCCUACCUCUGGGAGAAAGGCGCCUCAUCAACCUUCGUAACCGGCGCACGUCACAUCUCCGCAGAAUCGGAAUACGAAUAUGGCUCUCGCGCCGGAGCGUGGCGUCUCUUGCGGCUUUUCAAAGAAAUGGGGUGGAAGUUCACGAGUUGGGCUGUUGCGCAGGCGAUGGAGAAGAAUCCCAGUUUUGCGAAGGCGUGCGUGAGGGAUGGGCACGAAAUUGCCGCGCAUGGACUGAGGUGGCUUGAUAUCGGGGAAAUGAGCAUGGAGGAGGAAAGAGGAUAUAUUAGAGAGAAUGCACUGAGUUUGGAGAGGACGACUGGGGUAUUCCCGAAGGGGUAUUUUUAUGGAAGGGCGAGUCCCAAUAUUCGGGGUCUGUAUCCUGAAGUCAUGAAGGAGAUGGGGAAGAAGUUGCUGUAUUCGAGUGAGAGUUGUUUUAAUGAUGAUGUGCCGUAUUGGAUGGACUUGCCGUGGGAGAAUGACUUGAAGGAUGAAGAGAAAGAGGGUUUGUUGGUCAUUCCGUACAACUAUGAUUGCAAUGAUGGAAAGUUUUACAUGUCACCUGGCUUCACCGGAACGACCUACCUCGAUUACCUGAAGGGAACUUUUGACAUGUUGUACCGAGAGGGCUGCAACGGAAGCCCAAAAUUGAUGAAUAUUCCGAUGCAUUCGAGGAUUAUGGGCAAGCCAGGAAGGAGUGAAGAUUUACGAAAGUUCAUUUUGUAUGUGAAGGAGACAGGUGGCGACGAUGUAUGGGUUGCGAAAAGAGAAGAGAUUGCAGAACACUUCAAGAGCAAGUUCCCAUACAUGCCAAGGCACCUUGCACCUGGUCAUCCGUUUAGUCUGGGGAAGUGA